AUCACCACAUCACGAAAGUGUCCUCUAUCACCACAUCACGACGUCUCCAGCACCUCUACAUCACGAAAGUCUCCACUAUCACCACAUCACGACGUCUCCAGCACCUCUACAUCACGAAAGUGUCCUCUAUCACCACAUCACGAAAGUGUCCUCUAUCACCACAUCACGAAAGUGUCCUCUAUCACCACAUCACGAAAGUGUCCUCUAUCACCACAUCACGAUGUCUCCAGCACCUCUACAUCACGAAAGUCUCCACUAUCACCACAUCACGACGUCUCCAGCACCUUUACGUUAAGAGUCUCCACUGCUACUAUAUCACAAAAUUUCUAACACAUCCACAUCAUGAAAAAGUCUAUCCAUUAAUCCUACAUAACAAAAAAGUGUCCACUGUCACUACAUCACGACAAAGUCUCCCAAGUCUACAUAAAAAAGUCUCUAUAACCCCUACAUCACAAAAAGGCAUCUUCACCAUUGAACAGACUAUUCAUCCUUGCUGGUGAACAGAGGCCUUUUGAAACAUUCAAGACUGUGCCUGCCAUCAGGAAGAGAGUUUGUGAUUUUCUGUAAUAGUAUCUUGGCUCUAGUUUGUCACUGAAUGCUGUGUCUGCUACCUUCGCCAUCAAGCAGCUUGCCAUCACCAUCAAGCAGGUUGCCAUCACUAUCUAGCAGGUUGCCAUCACCAUCAAGCAGGUUGCCAUCACUAUCUAGCAGGUUGCUAUCACCAUCUAGCAGGUUGCCAUCACUAUCUAGCAGGUUGCCAUCAUCAUCAAGCAGGCUGCCAUCACCACCAAGCAGAUUGUCAACAUCUCCCAAGGGAUUGUCCGAGCGGCCCACCAGGCUACUGAAAAAUACCAAUAAGUGUGUACUUCCAACAAUGGCAUUAACGCUACUUCCCAACAAUGCCAUGACAUUCACAGAGAACCAGCAUGGUACUGCUGUGUUGGAAAAAUUACGAAGUCAGCGCGAACUUGUACGGUGCUGUGACGUUAUCCUCCAUGUGGUGGGCAAGCAGUUCCAGGCUCAUCGUUGUGUACUGGCUGCUUGUUCCCCUUACUUUGAUUCCAUUUUUAAAGCCAGUAAAACUGUCAAGGAACAGCUAACCAUCAGCUCGCAGGAUCCAGAAGUGUUCCAUUGCCUCCUGGCAUAUAUGUACACAGGGACAGUUGUAGUUGACAAAACCAAUGUGGCAGAACUUUUGAGGCUGGCCAACAAGCUACUUAUUGCCAAAUUAAAGGAGCACUGUGCUGAAUAUCUUGAAAGAUACCUGGAUUCUACAAACUGUCUCACUGUACGUGACAUGGCAACAAAAUUUAACUUGGAAGCCUUGGAAAAAACUACUGGAACUUUUAUUCAAAGCCAUUUAUCAGAAAUAAUUGAGGGUGAAGAAGUUCUUGAUCUUUCCCACACCAGAUUAGAGGAUUUUUUACGGACGCCAAGUUGGCAGCUGCUUGAGGACCAGACUCUGCUGCUGGUGACUCGCUGGGUACACCAUUGCCCUAAAAGUCGUGAGCGAAACCUGCGUAGUCUCCUCACCUGGGUACAGUGGUCCCAUCUCAACCCACAGACAGCCGUUCGCCUCACUCAAACCCACCCGCUCUACACAAACCCCAGUUCAUUACUGGCAUUAUUCUUUCUCUUAGAUGCCCUUAACGAGCAUGCUCUGCUACCUGCAGACUUACAUGCAUCUUUCUCAAAAUUGAAAGCAAAAUUCUGUCAGUCAACUGACUCUGUUGUUGACAACGAAAGCUUCUUGAGUCUUGCAAUUUCUACAGCAAUUGAUGAACUUCAAGAGGACCCACUUGGCAGUGGAAGAAGUCAGGACUGUGUGCCAGCUAUUAGUGACUUUGCAAAUCACACUGCCCUAACUCCUCAUACCACGCAAGAUCUUCUCUUAGAUACCCAAGAUACAGCUAACUCAUCUGCCGUUCACUCUCACCAUAAAAUUAGUGACUUUCAUGUCAGUUCUAGAAGAGGAUGUGAUGACCAAGAUAAUGAACAGCAUAGCCAGUAUGAUAUGUGUCAUAUUGGGCAUAGCUCCCAAGAUGCGUGUCGUAUCGGGCAUAGCUCCCAAGAUGUAUGUCGUAUUGGACAUAAUUCUCAAGAUGUCCACAUUAACCAACCAAAUUUAGUUUUUUCUCAUCCACCCCCUGUUUCUAAUGUUCUUAGCUGCCAUGCUCACAUUUCUGACGAUUCUGUUGGAGACACAACCACAGCAGAUGACAAGUUUACAUGCAAUAGCCAAGGGCAUUUUGGGCAGUCUUUCAUGCGGAACACAACUGUCUGGCACCAAGAGCCUUACGGUGCCGAAGAGUCCCUUUCAUCCGAUUCAAGUCACAUGUACCAAAGACAAGUUUAUGAUCAAAACUUCAGUAUUAAAGUUCCUAGUUCAGAUUCAUACAAUUCAAGGGUUAAUCCUUCUAGUGGUUAUUCUAUGAGAGAAAGUCCUAUUAAGAACAAACAAAGUUUUGCAAGUGCUGUGUCUUAUUAUGUUAGCACAUACAAUCCGGAAGACGAUAUGACUGUCUCAGAUGACCAGAGUACGCAGUCAUUUCCCUAUGAUGAGAAUUUUAAUCCUGGAAUUAGUUUUUACCCUUGUAGACCAACUGAUGGUAAAGAUGCCCAACAUAUAAUUAUUGAGUCACAUCAUAAUCAAGAAAAUUAUGCCAAAUCAUAUUACCAUGAUGAAUCAACAAACACUGAGGACAUAAACCACAAUCAACGUGAUCUGUAUUACAAUGAUAACUCGACUGAUACUCAAAUGUCUAAUUGUCCACAAGACAUGACUGUUCAACACCAGUUCUCCCAGUGCUCGGACAUGAAACGCAGUUUGUCUCAAAAUCCAGACAUAUCUGCGGUGGAAGACGCAACAAAUAUUUCACUAAAUAAUGGUAUAUCAGAGAGACUUAUAGUUGAAGAGGCACAUUAUGAGCACUACCCUUUAAAAAAUAACACAGUAGAUAAAUUUCACAGAGAUAUGAGCAGGUUGGGGGAGAAUUCCAUGUUAGCUUUGGGAUCCAGAGAUAUAGUUAAACAAGAAUUGCUAUUAGAUGGAAAGAGAUUGACCUCCGAGUGUGGUUUAGAGACAAAGGGGGUUUUCACUCUUGUUGGAGUAGCUAUAGAUGAGAAUUGCGCUUACAAAGGAUGCCCUUCAGAGUCUGAGGAUGGAAAUCACAUGUACAAGGGAUGUGGCUCAGAUUUAAGAAGCAUAUUAACAGAAAAUAAAUUAUCAAUGGAAAAUCCAGAGAAUCUUCAAGAUAAUAUAUCCAAAGCUCCCUUGCCAGAAGGAUUACACCCCCCUGUGGUUCCAGCUAUAGAUAACACACCACGACAGGUCAAGUUUAAAAUCAACCGCAGCAUUAAUCCCUGCACAGAGCAACUGUCAAACACUAGUCAAGAAACAAUAGUUACAUCUGAGACCUCUCUCCCUGGUAAUGUUGCUGUCACUAACUUCAUUGAUAUGCCGCACCUGGAAACUGACGACCUCAACCCGGAUGACCCAUCUGAAAUGCUUCAAGACAAUUUAAUAGACAGCUCUCAAAGAGAGGCCAUGGAGCAAGAGGCUGGUGAAAAGUUGAAAAUUAUUGAAUGCGAAGAUAAGGUGCUAAAUAAAGACAAAGGAAGCAAUGAAGAAAGGGAAACUGCAACAACUGUAAACAAUGAGCCACUGCGAAGAACUUGUAGAAGAGUGAAGUUGACAGAAAAAGGAAAAGAAGUCAUCAAGACAAGCUGUGCUACGUCAGAGAGAGUCUGUGAACUGUGUCAAGCAUCGUUUCCUCGUACUAAAGAAUACUUUGUGCAUAUGCGGGAACAUUUUCCAGGUCCACCACACUGCUGUGACAUCUGUGAUGCAUCUUUCAAGCGCAUUUACCACCUGCUGGACCACCGAGUCAUUCACCAGGAAACCAAAACCCACAAGUGUCCACACUGCUCAUUUAGUUCACACAAGAAGUUCAAUUUGACUGAACACUUAACCCAACAUUCUAAAAUUAGGAAAUACAAAUGCAAGAUCUGUGGGGAUCUCUUCACUCGAAUACAAAAAUUACGAGUACACGAAACUAAGCACACUACAGAGCGUCCAUUCUUAUGUGAAACGUGUGGAUGGUCAGGAAAAACUAAAAAUGCUCUCAUAGUUCACACAAAGUUUCAUACAGGUGAGCUGCUCAGAUGCCAGUUCCCAAAGUGCACUUAUGCAACUGCUAAGAAGUCUCACCUCAAGGAACACAUGCAGCACCACUCCAACAGCCGCCAGUUUACUUGUGAUGUCUGUAGUCACAGUUUCAUCACUAACAGUCAUCUUCGAAGGCACCUGAUGUUACACCUUCCAGAGAAGCCUUUAAAGUGUCCACAAUGUGAUUACUGUUCACUAAGGCAGGACCGUUUAAAGAUUCACAUAAAGAACAAACACACUAAGAAGGAAUUAGCCAAAACAUCAACACGUAAGCGGCAAAGCAAAAAGAAAUGUUUGGAUGUUGCCGGUGCCAACAAAACUUCCACAGAGGUUGCAAAUGUCAUUUCACCACAUAUUGAGUGUUCACAGGCAGACAUAUUUUCAGACCUGGAGAAUACGAAUGUCUCUCUUGAGCCACAGUUGCCAGGUACUCCUCCUCCAACUACACUGUCCGAGUACCCACCAAGUCCAACAUACACCUUCCAGACUCAGUCGGCUCCAGAUGACCCACUUAUGAUUGUUCCUGAUAUGAGCUCUGUCACUCAGGGAUUCACCCCUCUCCCUCAAGCCUCUCCGCUUCACCGUGACCUUGGGCCAAGCCUCAAUUAUGAUGGGAGUUACCAUAGUCCGCAGUACCAGACAUCUUCACACUUCGCACCACUCUCCCCUACACAUGCCACAUUGUCAUACACAAAUGGACAUCACCAUGAAGAGAGUCCCUUAAAUUUUGCUGCUUAUAUGAAAUAUGAAUGAAAGGAGUUGCUGUAAAUAAUUUUAAAAACCAAAUAAUCUCUCAGUAUUCAAUUUAACUAAUAAAUGUUAAAUAUUUUGUAACAAUGCAGAGCCUGGGUCCAUCCAGAACACUGCCAACACUGCAGGCUCUAAUUAACUGUAAUCCCCACUGUAACACAGACUUUUGCAAAUGGUCUUCCACAUAGUUUAUGAGUGAGAAGGAAAUGGUUCCUCAUUCCAUCACUAAAUGACCUAAUGUUGUAUACAGUGCUUGCUGCCUUCUAGUGGCAGCAGGAAGUAAAGGUUAGUGGUACUAACUAAUGCAGUAGUUAACAAAGUGAUAAUUGGCAUUCUUUGCUAAUCAAAACCUCACUUGCAGCAGAAUAGUUUCUUAAUAAUUUUUUUGUCUUAUAGCAAGCAUUUGUUCAGUGGUAGAUUGAGAAAUCCCAAUGGUUUCCAUUUCCUAAGUUAUGUAACAAAAGCAUUUGCAAGGAUACUUGUUAUGGUGGGGGUAAAUCAACAAAGCCUGGCUUAUCUGACACUGAACUGGGUAGACCAUUGACUCUGGCUCAGGGAGCAAUUGAGUAGCCUCAGCACGAUCUGGCUAUUUUCCCAAACUGUAGAAUCAUCUACAUGGAAAUUACUCUGUGGAGAAUGCAAAGGUGGUUGGUGGAUAUGUGAGUAAAUUCUUAAGUAAAGUAAGCUGUUGUUCCAGGAAGAAAUCAUACUGCUCCAGAAUGAGACUGCACAAUGCGUCACAUACUGUACCCUUUUAACAACUCGUCAGGUAUGAUUUCAACACCUGUUUACACUUCUCACUAACCCAGGCUGUGAUGUAGUAUAUAGCUCCAAGAUGUAUUCUUCUGAUAGAUGUGUUGAAGCCUUAGGAUAAUUGAAAGUUGCAGGUAAAAAAGGGGAGGAGACUAUAUGAAAAUAUUUAAUGUGUUUUCCGCAUAUGAGGCCCAGAACUUAUUUUAGCCUUCUGAAAACCCCCCAAAAUCAUACCAGUCAUCUAGCAGCAAGAACAAUUUGUCUUUGUUGCUCAUUCUGAUGAUUCAUUUGUAAUGAAAAUAUCCAUAGUUCAUUUCCAAAGAUUGAGGUUUGUAAUUUAUGUCAAUCAAGAUGUAAAAUUUUACUAUUAGUAUAAAUUAAACAGAAGUUGAUUCAGUUGUAAAAAAAAAGAAACUUGGUAAGACUUAUGAUACAUGUUAUGGGAGCAUCAGCAAACCAUGCUGUUACUGUACCUGACGUUAUUCUUAGUGUACUUGUACAGCUAUUGUUUAUAUGUAAACUAUUAUUUAUAUUUACUAUUUUCAAUGUGCCAAAGCUAACCUAUUCUCUAUGGCUGUGAUCAUUUUUAUACCAAAAUUUGUAUUAUUACAUACACAUACAUACAUAUAUACAUACAUACAUAUACACACAUAUACACACACACACACACACGUACGUCACCAGUGGAGUCCCACAGGGUUCAGUCCUUGGA